AUGGGCAUGUUUCAGAUCAUACAGUUCCUCCCCGUCCUUUUCGUCCCCCUCUGCGAGGGCGCCAACAUCCUCGUGAUGACGAACGUAACGCAUGCCUUGAAGCAGAACUUCCAGCUUAGCAGCUGGCAGGCCGGGAGUCUCGAUGCUUUCUCCUUCUUGGGGCUUGCGCUCGGCCACUACGUCGCGGGCUUUCUUGCAGAUCUGCGCGGUCGACGCCUCCCCAUGGUUCUCUCUUUCCUUGGCAUGACCCUGGGUAGCGUGCUGAUGACCCUGGCCACGGGCUACGAGGCAAUGGUGAUGCUGCGGCUGCUGCACGGCCUUUGCUGUGGACUCGGGGUUCCACCGGCCGCGUCGAUGAUCGCUGAGACCGUGCCAAGCGCCUGGCGCCGGUUUGUCUUCGUCCUCUUUUGGAGCUCCACGGCCCUUGGAGAGACCUACGCCUGCUGCCGUUCUUUGGACUUCUUUGCCGGCAUUCUUGAUGUUGCCGCGCAGCCGCAACUGAUGCAGAUCCUGUCGGUAGCCACGCUGCAGGACUCCCCGCACUGGCUGGCCGUCCACGGCCGCCUCAUCGAGGCGAGGAUCGUCUUGGACCGCAUGGCCAAAAUGAACAAGAAGGAAGAGGUGCUCAAGAAGCUGGGGCCAGCUCCAGUCCACGACUUCUCGAACCUGUACGGCGUCAUCACGGCCCGCGCAGGCCACGGCCCCUCGCCACAGGCGCUGUAUCAACGCCUGGUGCAGCCGGAGACGCUGAAGCUAGUGUGUCUCUUCUCCGUCCUCGCAAGUGUUGGGAACAUCGAGACAUUUGGAAUGAGCAACGUCUGGCCAGAGAUGCUGCGAGAGGAAGCUGCAGACGAACACCUGCACGGUCAUGUCUCGAAGGUUACACCACCGGCACAGAAGCUUGCACUCAUCGUCUCCAUCGGCAUUCCAGUGGGAAUGGCUUCUGCUUUACUCUCGUUUUCCGAGACGGCAUCUCAUCGCGUGUACAUCGUCCUAGCGGGCCUCAUGGGAUGCGCGGGCAUUUUGUGCGCUUCGUUCCUGCAGCAUCUGCAGCGCGCUGCUUUCCUUAUGGCCGCGAUUCUUGUCACUCACAUGUCUGGAACCCUUCAGUAUGCGGUGGCGAUGAUCUUCUGUGAGGAGUCCUUUCCCACCGACAUCAGGGCAUCCGCCACAGGCAUCGUGAUCUUCUGGGGCACGCUCUGGUCGGUGUUCUCUCCCCUGCUACUGACAGCGGUCGGCGAGCCGGGAUUCCUGGCACUUGCGGCCGCGGCGUUUCUGGUUUCUGCGGUCUGCGUCCUGCCACUCCAGGAGACCCAUCGCGCGGAGCUGAAGGACUUCGUGGAGGAAGAAGGCGAGAACUUCGAGGAGGGAGAGGCCGAGGCGGCCGAGGCGGCCGAGGAGGAGAGCGAGCUGUCGGAAGGAGAAACGGACACGGUCGGAGGUGCAACGACUGUGAGUUCCCAAGAGCCAACGUCGGUGGCCUUUGCCGACGGCACCCUCGGUGCUGCGUUGGAGUUGAAGUUGGUGUUCUUCCUUUUGGGGGCCGUGCCUGGGGUGUCGUUUACCGCCUUCUACUCCUCGAUGGGCUUCUUGAUCGACCGCUGCAGGGAUCGCAGCUUCUUCGCACAGGAGAUGUUGGUGGGAAACGGAGCCGUGGUGCUGGGUUUGCUGCUUUGGACACGGCUCUCAGCUUCCAUCUUCACUCGCUUGGUCUUGGGCACCUUCUCCUUGUUCCUGGUCGACCUCCUGAUGGCCUUUCCCGAGCACGAAAACGUCAUGUUGGCCUUGGGCUUCCUUCAAGGCUUGUUGAACGUCACGGUCCUCAGCACCAUCUUGUCUUUGGCAUCCGAGCUCUGUGACAACUGUCGCUCCUGGGUACAGUUGGGCUUUGCGACCGGUGCACUUCUGCCGGUCUUGGCGGUUCCCUGCACGGGCUUCGGGCCAAAGUCUCCUUUGUCUGUGCGGCUGACAUAUUAUCUUCUGCCCGCACUGUUCUGCCUGCUGGCCACCAUGAUUUAUGGAGGUGUCUACCAUCGGAAAGUGACAGAAGUGAACAGGAUGGGACGGAGAGUGAAGGGCAACUUGGCCGACCUCGUCAUGGCCUAUGCAAAGACAAAUUUCCCUUCCUCGGCCGCGGCCCCGGCUUUGGCUUUCGGCGGUCUCGACGGCAUGGCCCUUCUCCUCAUUUUGGGCUAUCAGUUCGCUGCGUACUUCUUUGCUGGAGUGUUCCCAUUCUAUGGGGAUGCUGCAGCAGCAUUGAUGCUGUACCUUUACAUGAUUGCGGGGGACAUGAUGGGGAACUUGGCAGCUUUUGCGUGGGCGGCCGUUAUGGACUUGCCGAGUCUCGGGCGUGCCUUGAAGGAGAGGGGCCGGGGAAGCACUGGGAGCUUAGCUUCUGCUGCGGCCGCGACGUGCUAUGGAGCCUUGCUGCUCCUGCUGCUGAUCGCUGGCCUUACUGCGGGCCUGGGUUCCUGGGGUGCGGCGGUUCAGGCCGCCAAAGACGAGACCGAUACAAAAGCUCCCGUGCCGACGCAGCUCUGCUUUGUGACGUUCUUCUUCGGUGCUUUUGCAAAGGGCGGGCUCGAUGAGCUCCGACUCGUGGGAGGAACAUCCAAUCUUGUGCGCUUCGCUCGGCUUUUCGGCAGCUUGCUGGGCCUCCUUGCGGCACUCCUCUGCUGCCUGAGCCGCGACUUCUCCCAAGAGAUCUCGCCCAAGGACCGCGACAGAACGGAAGCACAGAGCUUUCUAGACCUUGACGUUCUCUCCUUAUCACAGUCACGCUCCUUUCGAUUUUUGAUGCCGCUGCAAGUUCAGGUGACUCAUGCUGGGAGCUUCGGACUACAAAGGGAAUUCUAG